CAUAAAUUAGUUUCAGGAUGCCUGUGAUUCCUCCUGAACAAUUAGCACCUCUUCAAAGUAACCAAAACAAUAUAAGAAACUUUACUUUGUUGGCUCAUGUGGAUCAUGGAAAGACAACGUUAGCUGAUAGUCUUUUGGCUACAAACGGAAUCAUUUCUAGUAAACUAGCAGGAACGGUUCGAUAUCUCGACUUUCGUGAGGAUGAAAUUACUAGAGGAAUUACGAUGAAAUCAAGUGCGAUUUCAUUGUUCUUUAAAAUUAUUAGUGAACACAGAGAAAGGGCUGUUGAAAAAGAUUACUUAAUUAAUCUUAUUGAUUCUCCUGGUCACGUGGACUUCAGUUCAGAAGUUUCAUCUGCUUCUCGUUUAUGCGAUGGAGCCUUCAUUCUUAUUGAUGCCGUUGAAGGAGUUUGCAGUCAAACAAUCACCGUCCUUCGUCAAGCUUGGGUUGAUAGAAUUAAAAUGAUAUUGGUCAUCAACAAGAUGGAUAGACUUGUGACCGAACUCAAAUUAUCACCCAUUGAAGCUCAUUAUCAUUUACUUCGCCUUAUUGAGCAGGUCAAUGCUGUAAUAGGUACCUUUUAUAGAGGGGAGUUAAUGAAUUUAGAUGAAACGGAGGAAGAAACUAGUGACGAGGGCAUUUAUUUCUCUCCUGAACAAGGCAAUGUUAUUUUUGCAAGCGCCUACGAUGGUUGGGCUUUCUUUCUAGACCAGUUUUCAGAUUUUUAUGAGAAAAAGCUCGGAUUAAAGUCUAGUGUUCUUACAAAAUGCUUAUGGGGCGACUAUUAUUUGGAUCCAAAAACUAAGCGUAUCCUUCAAGCAAAACAUCUUCAAGGUCGACGUUUGAAACCUUUGUUUGUUCAAUUUGUUCUUGAUAAUAUUUGGGCUGUGUACAAUUCAGCCGUUGUAGACCGUGACUUGGAUAAAAUUGAAAAAAUCGUGAAAACGCUAAACAUAAAAGUUCUUCCUCGAGACAUGAAAUCUAAAGAUCCUAGAAAUUUGCUGCUAGCAGUUUUUCAACAAUGGCUACCUCUGUCAACUGCAAUUCUACUAACAGCUAUUCGAAAGAUUCCUUGUCCUAUAGACGCGCAGAAAGAUCGCGCAUUGAAAGUGUUGAAGACCACUCCACACUUUGAAAAUGUUGAUCAAAACAUAGCGACGGCUAUGAGUAACUGUAACGCUAACAAAGAAGAACCAAUGCUAGCCUACAUAAGUAAAAUGGUUGCUUUCUCUGAAAGAGAUCUUCCAAACCAGAAACGUCGACAGCUUACUGCCGAGCAAAUGCGUGAACUGAGACAGGCUAAAUUGGCUGGUUCUCUUGAAGACUCGGUGGGUGUGUUGUCAAUUAACGAAAAUGAAGAAUCAAAUGAAGCAGAAGAGAAUUCGGAAAAUAGAUAUGUUAACGAGGAAGAAGAAAAAGAUGUUUUUGUUGGUUUUGCUCGUAUCUACAGUGGAAGUAUUUCUGUAGGUCAACAAAUUUACGUUUACGGUCCAAAGUACGAUCCUGCAAAACCCGAUGAGCAUAUUACCAAAGUCACGAUUGAAUCCCUAUACUUAAUGAUGGGUCAAGAGCUUUUUGCGCUAGAUACCGUCCCAGCUGGUAAUGUAUUUGCCAUUGGCGGUUUGGCUGGAACUGUAUUAAGAACUGCCACUCUAUGCUCUGUACCGGGAGGACCAAAUUUAGUUGGAGUAACUCAGCAAGCGGAUCCAAUCGUUCGUGUUGCUGUAGAACCAAUGCGUCCUUACGAAAUGAGUAAAUUGGUAGCUGGAUUAGAAAUGUUAAAUCAGGCAGAUCCAUGUGUUCAGAUUGCGGCGGAAGAAAAUGGUGAGCAUGUAAUUAUGUGUGCUGGUGAAAUUCAUUUAGAACGUUGUCUCAAAGACUUGCGUGAAAGAUUUGCUAAAAUAGAAAUUCAAUCUUCGCAACCUAUUGUUCCUUUCCGUGAGACGACAGUUGCGGAUCCUGAUAUGACUGCUAAGGACAAGGAUACACCAAUUGGGUUUGUAAGUACGUCCCUCGCGUCUGGCGGAGUAAAGAUCGGAAUUUCUGUUACGCCAUUAUCUAGCGAUUUAGUGAAUUUCUUAUUGAAUCAUGAACACACAAUUGAGUUAUUUAUGCAUCACAUUACAAAGAAAACUAGAAAUGGCGAUAUUAGUUUUGCUGAUCUACAGAAACAGAAAGAAGAAAUUCUUAGUUCUGAAGACUUUAUAACAAGUAUUCAUGACUUAUUAGCUAAGGAUGCAUCAGAUAAAAGCAACCUUAACGAAUACCUUGACUCAAUUAUGUCUUUUGGUCCAAGACGCGUCGGUCCCAACAUCCUAAUCGAUAAAACUGGCUUAAUGAAAAAGGCACGUCAUGAAAGUGAUGGAUCAAGACUUAUUGCCUUUGAUCUCGCUGAGUAUAUCAUUACUGCUUUUCAAAUUUCUACUCAACAAGGACCCUUAUGUGCCGAACCGGUGCAAGGCAUCUGUGUUUCUGUUGACUCAAUUGAAAUAGGAGAUAACGGAGAAGAGAAUGAAUCACUCACAGUCAAUAAUCCGCAGAUCCCUGGUCAGGUUAUUUCUACUGUACGUGAGGCAGUUAAACAAGGAUUCCUUGCCUGGUCACCAAGGUUGUUACUUGCUAUGUAUUCAUGCGAUAUCCAAGCUACUGCUGAAGUUUUGGGUAGAGUGUAUGGUGUAGUUGCCAAGAGACGAGGUCGCAUUGUUGACGAGGAAAUGAAAGAAGGAACUCCAUUUUUUAAUGUAAAAGCUGUGAUUCCUGUUGUUGAAUCGUUUGGUUUCGCAGUCGAAAUCUUAAAGCGUACAUCUGGUGCAGCAUAUCCCCAGCUGAUUUUCCAUGGGUUUGAAAUGCUAGACGAGAAUCCAUUCUGGGUUCCGACUACAGAGGAAGAACUAGAAGACUUAGGUGAACUUGCUGACCGUGAAAAUAUAGCCAAACGCUAUAUGUUAGAUGUACGAAGAAGGAAAGGUUUACUAGUUGAACAAAAGGUUAUUGAAAAGGCUGAAAAACAAAGAACUCUUAAACACUAAAAAUAACAGUGAUUUUUUUGAAAUUACAAGUAUGAUUUGGAAAUUUAUAUAAGCAGUUACUAUUUCGUGAUUUUUUGAUGUGAACCAAAUCAAUUUAUUUAUGUUAAGAAAUAAAAUAUUUUUAAUAAUAUUUGUUGACUUAUGCUCAAUUGUAUUCCAAAC